CAUCUUUAGCAGUCUCCUCGUCUCCCUCAACAGCCCCCACCAUGGUCAUGUCACCCGACGAGGCCUUCAGCCUCCUCGCACUGCAGGCGGGUCCUCCCCACCCCGUCCUCAGCCUCCAGCUCUCCCUCUGCUUCGUCCUCUUCGCCGCCAUUUUCGCCUUCUGGCUAUGGCCCGGCGGCCUCGCCUGGGCUCUCGCGAAGGCCCGCCCCGCCAAGGCUGCCACGUCCGUGCCGGGUCCGUCCGGCGUACCGGUCCUCGGCCUCGUUUUCGCCUUCACCGGGUCCCUGACUCACCGGGUCCUCGACGAAAUCUCCAGGGCUCUGGAGGCCAAGAAGCUGAUGGCGUUCUCGGUUGGGUUCACCCGCUUCGUCAUCUCGAGCGAACCGGAGACUGCCAAGGAGAUGUUGAACAGCUCGGCCUUCGCCGACCGACCCGUGAAGGAGUCGGCGUACGAGCUCCUGUUCCACCGGGCGAUGGGGUUCGCCCCGUACGGCGAGUACUGGCGCAACCUGAGGCGCAUCUCCGCGACCCACCUGUUCAGCCCCAGGAGGGUCGCCGCCUUCGGGAGGUUCCGAGCCGAGAUAGGGCUCCAAAUGGUGGCGGAGAUCAAGUGCCUGAUGGAGGAGCGCGGCGAGGUCGGGGUGAGGAAGUUGCUGCACUUCUGCUCGCUCAACAAUGUGAUGAUGACCGUGUUCGGAAGGUCCUACGACUUCGGCGCCCGCAAUGGCGGCGGCCAUGGGAGGAGCGACGAGCUCGAGCUGGAGCGCCUGGUGAGCGAAGGGUACGAGCUGCUGGGCGUGUUCAACUGGGGCGACCACUUCCCUCUCCUCCGCCGGCUGGACUUGCAGGGCCUGAGGGGGAGGUGUCGGAAGCUCCGCGACAAGGUGAACGCCUUCGUGGGUCGGAUCAUCGAGGAUCACAGGAUGAGGAGGAAGGCGGCGAGAGGUCAGAGCAACGACGAGGAGGACGAUGGGUCCGGAGAUUUCGUCGACGUCCUGCUCGACCUGGAGAAGGAGAACCGUCUCAGCGACGCCGACAUGAUUGCCGUUCUCUGGGAAAUGAUCUUCAGAGGCACUGACACGGUGGCCAUCCUCCUGGAAUGGAUCCUCGCCAGGAUGGUCCUCCACCCUGACGUCCAGGCCAAGGCCCAGGCGGAGAUCGACGCCGCCCUCGGCUCGGCAGCCCGGGCCGUCGCGGACUCCGACCUCCCGGGGCUCCCGUAUCUCCGGGCCAUUGUCAAGGAGACCCUGAGGAUGCACCCGCCUGGCCCGCUCCUGUCCUGGGCCAGGCUCGCCGUCCACGACACCCACGUCGGCGGCCACUUCAUCCCGGCCGGGACCACGGCCAUGGUGAACAUGUGGGCGAUAACCCACGACGAGGCGGUCUGGCCCGACCCGGGCGAGUUCAAGCCGGAGAGGUUUCUGGAGGAGGGCGGCGGGGUGGGGAUCAUGGGGUCGGACCUGAGGCUCGCUCCGUUCGGGUCCGGGAGGAGGGUCUGCCCAGGCAAGGCCAUGGGGCUGGCCACGGUGGAGCUCUGGCUCGCGCAGCUGCUGCAGAACUUCAAGUGGGUCAGCUAUCCGGAUCGCGGGGUGGACUUGUCCGAGCGCCUGAAGCUGUCGAUGGAGAUGAAACAUUCCCUGGUGUGCAAGGCCAUUCCUAGGGUUUGAGAUGGUUGAUGAUGGAUUUGGCAUUGUGGGGUCUCCUCCAUAAUUUUGUUAACUCUUUCUAUGGGGAGGUCAAAACUACUGAUAGGCUUAGCUAGCCUUUGUCUACUACCUUUUGCUGCGUUCUUUCUCUUUUUCUCCUCCUAGGUUUGAUCAAACAUCGGAUUUUUAGUCUUAGGAAUAUAUGGUUUCUGCUGGUGCUGGAUUCUGCAAGGGCGUCGUCUCUCUCUCUCUCUCCUGGUCGGUGUAAGGAAAUGUUUGCUUGGUCUAGAUGUGGAUGUCGGCUUCUUUACGGUGCUUGUUCUCUUUUGCCUUUGAACCUCUUUUGUACACGAACCUUCCAUAAUAUGUAUAUGCAGUGUUUAAGGCCCUUUUCGA